UCUCCAACGGAGAUCGACGAGCGUUGAAGUUUCUAUAACAAAAAAAAAAACGUUUGCGAAGUCUCUGCCUCUGUACUCAUCAUCAAUUGUCAUCGACACAGUAUGAAGUCGCUCGUGAUUCUGUUCGCCGCAUUAGCGCUUUUGACAGCCAACGUUGUCCAAGGGGGCCGUCCAAGAGGCGGCAGACACUCGCACAGCCAUGGAGGCGCUGACGAUUUUGGGCCGCCAGAACCAUUCGAAUUCAAUUACGCCUCGCAAGAUGAUGAAGGUUCUCAUUCCCACAACCAACAGGGAGACGCCAACGGCCGAGUUACUGGCGAAUACACAUUGGAGCUGGCGGAUGGCCGCUCGAGACAAGUCAGGUACUACGCGGACGACACGGGCUUCCACGCAGACGUCGUCACAAACGAGCUAGGCACAGAAAGUAAGAAUCCGGCAGAUGUUACAAUCCAAUCGUCGGCACCCACUGGGGCAGAAUCUGCACUCAGAGGGGGCGGCGCUGUAGGUAGGCCGGGUGGACACGGAUUUGGCCAUGGUGGAGGCGGUCUGCGAGUGAGCCAACGAGGACCGAGACCACAUUCCGGAAGACAUCACGGCUGAGGUCGCAAACAUAUUCGGCUGAUUUAGGUGUUUGUUACCGAACGUAAUAUACUCGUUGACAGUUUCAAUUGCCAUGUAUGAUAUACUCUAACUGAAUAAAAACAACCUUUGGUUGAAUUUAAAAAAUUUAGAAAAUCGUUUAGU